AUGCCCUCCCGGAAUACCCGACCAAAUCCUCCCACUACCGAAUACCAGGCUAUCGCAGAAGAAUGGGCCCGCGCAAGACAAUUACAAGAGCUUGGGAAUACUGCAAGCACCACAGGGGACGAUAAUGGCCCUUCGAUAGACAAAUCUCAGCAAGCGGCUCUUGAAGCUCGUCGAAAAAAAGCUUUUGAGCGUCGAUGUUUUUGGACUCUAGGGUUUUGGGUCUGGCUGUUGUGUAUACACAUUGUUGGCAUAUUGCUCUUUACUAGCGGUUUCCUCUUGACCAGGCUGGUUCUGGACGAACGAUCAGAGUGCGAUAACCCACCCAUUGAGCCUUUACUGGAAUGGAAAGGGAAAGGCUCUGUAGAGGGUGGCUGCUGGCAUCCUAAGACCUUUAACAAGGCUGUUGUGGUUCUGGUAGAUGCUUUACGAUAUGAUUUCACAGUUCCAGUUGGGGACGAGGACAACGCAGCUGUGUAUCAUAAUGCGCUCCCCUAUCUCUACGAGACUUCGGUCCAAUCGCCAGGAAACGCGUUUCUGCGACCAUUCAUUGCAGAUCCUCCAACCACUACUCUUCAAAGGCUGAAAGGCCUAACGACCGGAACUUUACCCACAUUCGUUGAUAUGGGAUCUAAUUUUGCUGGGACGGCUAUAGAAGAGGACAAUCUACUAAUGCAAUGGAAGGACCAAGGAAAGCGAAUCGUUCAUUUAGGGGACGACACCUGGACUGCUCUAUUCCCCGGAUACUUCCAACCAAAUAUCAGCAGAGCCUAUGACAGCCUUAAUGUCUGGGAUCUCCACACAGUGGAUAAUGGCGUGAUAGACCACAUAUUCCCAUUGCUGAAAUCCGAUAAAACGCAGCAAUGGGACAUUCUCAUAGGACAUCUUCUUGGUGUGGAUCAUGCCGGCCAUCGAUAUGGACCUAGCCAUGCCGCUAUGACUGCCAAGCUUCAGCAGAUGAAUAAUUUCAUCCAAGAUCUUGUAAAAGAGAUCGAUGACGAGACGCUAUUGGUUGUCAUGGGCGACCAUGGCAUGGAUAGCAAGGGUGAUCAUGGUGGUGAAAGCGACGAUGAAGUUGAGGCGGCUUUAUGGAUGUACUCGAAAAAGCCAGUUUUCGGCCGCACCCAACCGGAGUUUAAGACGCCGCCAGCGACGGCUAAAAUUCGACCAGUAAAUCAAAUCGAUUUGGUUCCAACCUUGGCUCUUCUGUUAGGUAUUCCUAUACCAUACAACAAUCUUGGUCGGCCUAUUGAGGAAGCCUUUGCUGGCCUUAAGGGGAAUGCUUGGGACUUUCUGGCUGCUGCUUCUAGUGUAACAUCCGCUGGAAUUAGGAGAUACCAAGCAUCCUACUAUAAGGCUCGAGGUAUUGAACAAAGCAUCCAACCUGGAUCUCCUGCAUCACUCUGGAGCAAAACCGAAGCAAUUAUCCAGUCAAGCGCCAAAUCCAAACCAUGGAAAGAGUUAUAUGAUGCCUAUACUGUUUACCAGGAAGGGACUUUGCGUCUGUGCAAAGAUCUCUGGGCCCGGUUUGAUAUCCCAAAGAUGGUGUUAGGCAUUGUGGUAAUGGCAUUUGGAGUGAUCACGUUAUUACUCUAUGUCUCGAGAGACGAAGAUGAAGACUUUGCAGUCUUAGAUGAUGCUGAGCUCGACUUCGCGGAGAAGAGCCUGGAGUUAUUAGGUUCAACGGAGCCAGAGGUUGCAUCUUACAAAAACCUGAGUAGGUCACUUGUCAAGUCGGGCUUCCUAGGUGGUGGGGUAAUAGGGGUUCUCAGUUUUGCGCUCGUUAAACUCACGGAAGCGGAUGAUUGGUUAUUGGCUAUUGCUGCGACUGCGAUCGGAAGCAUAAUUGCCGUGAUUGGUAUUCUACUUAAGAUCCGCGGGAUACAAAUCCUCAAUAUCCUACCGAAUACCUCCUGGGGGUGGCUGUCUGCCAUAUUCACCUUAAGCCAGUCUAUCGGAUUUGCUUCUAACUCGUACACGAUAUGGGAAGACUCGAUAUCGUUGUUCUUCCUUUCAACGUUUGGGGUUGUAAGCGCCAUCUCCGCGCUCCAACGACCCUCAAUCCGUGAACAAACUCUGGGUGUUUACCACUCCAUCUUAUUUGUCGUCCUUGGUCGACUAGCCUCCUUCUCAAAACUCUGCAGAGAUGAGCAAAUGCCUUACUGCACAUCGACAUACUAUGCCUCCGCCAACUCUUCCACAUCAGCUCCUUGGCAAUUGGUCAUACCUUUUGCCGUUUUCCUUAUUCUCCCGUCUAUAAUUAAAUCAUAUAUGAAGACCUCGCGAUCAUACGACGGUCUUGCGCCCAUUUGGAUAGGCUACGUUUUCCGAACCGGCCUCUUUCUCGCUGCUGUUUAUUGGACUCUUGAUGCCGCAGACAACGGAGGUUGGAUUACAUCACUUCCAGAGAAGGUGCUUAAAAGCAUCCACGUCUCUAUCGCUCAAAUAGUCCUUGCACUAUCCCUCAUAGCCGGCACCACAGCAUUCGUCUGGGCCCCUCCCUGCAUCUCCAUUCUCACGAGAUCACAAAACAUCCGCACGGUCCAGAUCAUCCUCGGGUACGGUAACGUGAACGGCGCCCGGUACCUGUUCCUCCCGAUAAACAUCGCAUGCGCCUGCAUUCUCCUCUCGAAACCCAUGGGCGGCGGCGCCAUCGCCAUCAUGCUCUGGCAGAUCCUCUCGCUGGCCGAGAUCCUCGACCUCAACGACCUAGCCGCGGAGACCGUCGGCCCCAUUACCCUCGCUGUGCUCGCCAACUUCCACUUCUUCAAGACGGGCCACCAAGCCGUCCUCGCCUCCAUCCAGUGGGACAGCGCCUUCGUCCCCCUCCUCACCAUCCGCUACCCCUGGAGCCCCCUCGCCGUCACCAUCAACACCUUCGCUGCGCAGAUACUCGCCGCUGCCGCCGUCCCCCUCCUUGUCUUGUGGAAGACGGGUCCCAAGCGCAAAGGCGUUCUCGAGACCUCUAGCCGCGCUCUCGCCGCCUUCGUCACGUAUUACGCCGUUGAGAGCUUGGCGACUAUGGCUUGGGCUGGUCAUCUAAGACGCCAUCUCAUGCUCUACCGCGUUUUUUGCCCGAGGUUCAUGAUGGCGGCUGCUAUGCUGCUCGUUGUUGACCUGGUGGCUAUUGUGGUUGCGAUUUUGGGCGUGCGGGCUAAUACUUUGGCUGUUGCUGAGGUGUUUGGGUUUGCGGAUUAG